ACCGUGUACUAGCUCAAGGCUGCUGGUAUAUGCUGUUUGGCAUCUCUGCUGCAUCACUCAACUCUGCAAAUGUAAUUGAGAGUCCAUCCCAAGACCGUCCGCUCCUUGAUAGUGCUGCUAAUUCCUAUACUUAUACAUCACCCUCUUCUGUGCAGGAGAGCAUUGAUGAUGUACGUGUAACAUUUUCUGAUGAUGGAUCUCAAAGAUGCCAGGUUCCAAGACAUACAGAAACUCCUCUCUAUCUCCCUGGUCAUAUUCUCUAUUGCUUUCCAAGCUUACCAGAAGAAGAGAGGACGGGAUGGAUGAAGUUCUUCACAGCGAAACAAAUGGAACUAAGAGUGGGAGAUCUGACACUGUGGAUCUUAACGACAGCUCACUUCAAGUGGAUAUUUCUGAUGCUUUGAGUGAAAGAGAAAAAGUCAAGUUUACUGUCCACACAAAAACAAGCCUUCCAGAGUACAGCAAGCCAGAGUUCUCGGUAGUGAGGCAACAUGAGGAGUUCAUUUGGCUUCAUGACCGUUUUGAUGAAAAUGAGGACUAUGCAGGUUACAUUAUCCCUCCACCACCACCUCGUCCUGAUUUUGAUGCAUCACGUGAGAAACUCCAAAAAUUGGGUGAGGGUGAAGGCAGCAUGACAAAAGAAGAAUUCAGCAAGAUGAAACAGGAGCUGGAGGCCUGGCUUGUGAAUCUGAUGGACGGCAUCAGGAGGCGAGAGAAAGUAGCCAAGCUUAGGGAUGGGAAGGGCCCUGGGAUAUCCCAAGAUGUGCUCGUCAAGAUGAAGAAAGAACUCGAAUAGUGAGUUUUUUUGCUU